CCUUGCCGCUGUUUUGCAAUCGAGGAGAGGAGCGGGGUGGGUUCGGCCGUACCAUUAAGCGAUUGGGCUUGGGGGUGAAGGAGUUAUAGGGGCGUUGGGCGUCGUAGGGACACCAGGCUCCAAGGACGGGAAAAUGGCGGCGCUCGGGCCGCCGGCGCGCACCCUGCGAGGUCUUCUACGGGAGUUGCGCUACAUGAACGCAGGCACCGGCCGACCCUAUCGCGACACCGCAGCUUAUCGGUACCUCGUGCAGGCUUUCCGAGCACAUCGGGUCACCAGUGAGAAGCUGUGCAGAGCCCAACAUGAGCUCCAUUUCCAAGCUGCCACCUAUCUCUGCCUCCUUCGUAGCGUCCGUGAACAUGUGGCCCUUCAUCAGGAAUUUCAUGGCAGGGGUGAGCGCUCAGUGGAGGAGGCAGCUGGCUUGGUGGGUCUCAAGUUGCCCCAUCAGCCCGGAGGGAAGGGCUGGGAGCCAUGAAAAUGGAGAGAUUCCUUGGAUGCUGCCUUCAUACAAGAAUGUAAUUAUUUAUAUCGAUAUGUAUUUAUCAUUAAAUUUUGUUUAAAGUUUAGGGUUUUUCUCUGUAA